UUUCCCGUCCAGCACAGCAACUAAGGUACAUCCACAACCCGUCACGCACCCAUAAUCGCCAUCACCGAGACCUCUUGCAUCGGCAUCCCCAAGUUCAUCCAUUUAUCAACCUCGAACCCAUCAAAAUGCGGAGCAAGUUCAAGGACGAGCACCCCUUCGAGAAGCGCAAGGCCGAGGCCGAGCGCAUCCGCCAGAAGUACGCGGAUCGUAUUCCAGUCAUCUGCGAGAAGGUCGAGAAAAGCGACAUCGCGACGAUCGAUAAGAAGAAGUACCUCGUACCAUCCGACCUCACCGUCGGCCAAUUCGUCUACGUCAUCCGUAAGAGGAUCAAGCUCUCACCGGAGAAGGCCAUCUUCAUCUUCGUCGACGAGGUCCUGCCACCCACCGCUGCGCUCAUGAGCAGCAUCUACGAGGAGCACAAGGAUGAGGACGGGUUUCUUUACAUCACAUACUCGGGCGAGAACACCUUUGGAAACUUCGAGUCCGCCUGAGCCAUGAACCCUCGACUUUGUUCUUGCAUUUCUAGAUGCGUUCGCGGCGUUUUCGGUUAUUGGUUUGGGAAGACUCGAGAAUGAGGGGUUCCUUGAGAGAGGACGGAAUGGACCAUCGUAUACUGCCUUUUUAUUUUUUCUUGGCUUUUUAGGCAGUGGCUACGUGACUGCGAGGGC